GGGCCGGUCACGGUCACGGUCACGGCGUCCGCGCAGCAUGGGCUGCAUGAAGUCCAAGCAGACCUUCCCCUUCCCCUCCACCAUCGAGAGGUGUGAGCCGCGGGUGCCGACGCCCGUCACCCAGGACGGGGAGGACGGGGAGGACGUGGAGGACGUGGAGGAGGUGGAGGGCGUGGAGGAGGUGGUGGAGGUGGAGGAGGCGGAGGUGGAGAAGGUGCAGGCGGUGGAGGAGGCGGAGGAGCCGGCACAGCCCGCAGAGCCCAAAGUCGUGGUGUCCGAGUUCGCGCACCGCCUGUCGCAGGAGAUCCUGAGUGGCGCCCUGCAGCAGUGGGCAGACGGCAACGCCAAGUACGCGGACAUCCCGUUCAUCGAGAGUGACGGCCUCGGCGUGGCCCAGCGCUGACGCGGCGGGGCCGCGGGCAGGGUCGGUGCUAGUUCACAUACAUGAAACAGAAGCAAAGCCUUGUAUGAAUAAACACAUGUGACUCCUUCUAAGUAAAGGCCAGUCUGUGACAAUCGCCACAGCAUAGGCCCCAGGUGAAAUGUGUCUGCAGCAGGUGCUCCCGUGGUGGGAGUUCAGCGGAGAGGGCGAGCCACAGGCCUGUGGUCCCGCCGCCAUCAGGGUGCCCGAGACAGGACAGCAGCGCCAUCAAUAAAAACGCAAUAAUGCCCGAGGCUCCAAGCAGCCUAGAGACACCCCUGAACUAACUAGUACGUGUGCUCGUUUACACCGAAACCCCACGGCACGGAGAGGAUUUUUCGGGAAAUGCCGUGGCAGUGGUGGUGCUCGAGCCACAGGAAUUCACAGUGGGUUCUGUUUGUCAGAACCAUGUGCGUCCAGGAUCCCCAUCUCCAGUGGCCCCGCUUUAGGAAUCAGCUCUGAGGAGAGAGCCCCCGGGAGCCUGUCCUUCGGACACGUACGCUGCCCUGGCCAGGGCUCGGGGGUGGGAGUGGGGUCCGUACACCCAAAGGCUGUGGCUUGAUUCCCGUCAGGGUCCAUACCGAGGUUGUGGGUUCAAUCCCCGAUCGGGGCAACCAAUCGAUGUUUCUCUCUUCCACCACCUCUCUCUCUCAAAACAAUAAAAACAUCCUGGAGUGAGGGGUAGAGACAAGAGUGCUAUGCUUUCACCUGUGACAUGUUCCGCCUUGAACCUCAGGACCCUCGGCUCCGCCCUGAGCGGAUGCCCCAGACUCUCCGCGGAAGGCACUUCCUAAGACAGUUGAUGAAGUCCUGGCAGUAACGUUUAGUGCAGGAACCAAGGCCCGGGGACAGAACCGCACAAGAACACCAGCUGGGUGCCGGUAGGAACAGCGACCGGCGGCGGCAGGGCCUGGGCGUGGUGCUGAGCGUGCACCAGGCUUUGCUCCCAGCGAGGUGCAGGGCUCGAGGCUGCUGCUUAUUGUGACACUCCUAGGGCAUUUACUGCCAUACACGGUGCUGUUCUCAUAAAGCUGACUUUCCAGGAAGUUUCUUUAAAGGAAUUUAGGACCGUUUGAGAUCGCUAGUGACAGAACAUGUAGAGGGGAAGGUGCUCAGACAUAACUUGUAGGAAGACUGGGACUGAGUCUCUAGGGUGGUCUUUCCAGGACCUGCCCCGCUGAGUUUAACUGGAAAGAGCUAAGCCCGUGUGAGAGCCUUUCGUUAAGGAAUGGGCUCCUCACGGAAGCCUCUGGAAGCUGAGACAGGCGUGGCCUCUCGUGAGGUAGCAUGCAGCGGGCCUUGCAGCAGGCGGAAGUGCCACCGCUCACUUCACAGCCGUGCUGAGCCCCCGGCGAGCACAGGGGUCUGAGUCACGGGCUGAGGUCUGCGACGCGCAUGGCGGGCCACCCCCCACUGCCCGGGACGCCUGUCACUCACCUUCCUUCCACUGGUCCCGGCCGUCCUAGCAGCUCAGGAAACCCCUCGAAUAUGAGGAACCGAGUCUCAGGCUGAGGCAGACACCCUCCCGACACGGCAGGUGCUUCCACGGAAGAAAAUGCAGGUUUCUGAGUGUUUACACGACUCAGACGGGAGCCCGGGCCAAAGCCCAGAAGCUGCCGUUCUCACUCACUCCACACCUCCGCCUCGGGGCCCUGUGCACAAGGCCAUGUGCUGGAAGACAAGUUACAUAAACAACAUUGUGAGGAGAAGAGCCACAUGCCAGCAGCACACGGAGGGCCGCAGGCUGCUCGCUGGCUUAUGCCAAGUGUUUAACCUCCGCUCCUGCUCUGCUCAGGGGUCACGGAAGGCCACCUGGUCCCCGUCGCUGUGUGUGACCCUGACACGAUGCACCUCCCUUACCCCGUGGCCGGGCGCCCUGGCUCCCGAGCCCUUUCUCGGGGCGUGCGUCCUGCGCCACAGAUCCUGGAGAUGCACCUGCGUCGGGAGCAGGCGGGAGGGAGCCGCCGACACGCUGAGGUGCACGUGGUUGGCGCUGAUGCCGAGAUGCAGGAGGCCCUCUUUAAUAGGACAGCUCAGGCUCCGUCAGGCCUUACUUUUAAAUAUUAGGUUUACUUCCUUUUAAAGGGGAAAGGACUGUUGGAGGGAGGAGACAUACAACAGGGAAAACAUCUGUUCCAACUUGUGUCACACGCAGAUGAACUAAGAUGGCCAGUGAGGGAGGAGAGCGGGGCAGAGUGUGAGGCGCAGCACGAACGCCAGCUCCCCAGAAGCACGUUCCCCACUGAGGACAGGCCAGCGCCCCACACAACACCAGCCCGGGGCCAGCACGGGCCACGCCCCCCUGCAGGCGGCAGAGGGAAUGUGCCCACCUCCGUUAGGCACGUGACCUCCCCCACCGCUGGCCUGGCCUCCUGCCAGGUCAGGUCAUCGCGGGCAGCACAGGCCUGGGUGCGAGCUCCCUCCGCUCUCGGAGGUUCUCUGCCAACUCCCCAUUUUAUUAUUAGCUCUGAAUGCACAGGCGUGAAGGGGAUGGAAAUGACUCCGGUCCCAAGGAAUCCUUUGUCAAACUGCCUUAUUGGCACUAAAAAUAGGCACAGUAAAGGCACAAAGCAUGAGAUCCUGCAUCCUAGUCACUAUCACGGACAUUUACGAGAUGGAGAGACUGUACUUGUAUAAUGUGAGAAAUCUGGAGGUGAGACACGCUGUAAAUCCCGUCAGCAGUCAUUUAAAACAAAGCCCUCACGUAGGUUUACUUCCUCCUGCAUUUGUGUGACCACGCGGGACACACACAGCUCAGAGGCACUCUCUCCCUCUCAUUUGGCAAAACUGACAUUUUAUCAGCCAGUUCCCCUCCAAGUCUUAGCUAUGAAAUGGAAUAUUUUUUCCAAAUAUUUUUGUGGAAACACUUCUUUGUACAAUAAAGGUCUAGUUGCAACUAA